GAAGUCCUCCAAGUUUUUAAAAUUAGGUGGGAGGUAUAACUUUUUUUUUCUUUUUUUUAAAGUUUUUUCGUUCCAACAACUCGUUUCAAUUGUAGAACAACUUUGGUAGUUAUUCGACAAUGACAACUUUGCACGAAGUUGUUCAACAACUACUAAAGUUGUUCAAUAACUAUGAAAGUUGUUCAACAACAACACGAAGUUAUUCAAACAACUAAUAUAGUUGUCCCAGUUGUUUGAAAAGAUUUAAUUUUUUUUUUUUUUUUUUAACAAAUUUGUGGCCUACUUGUGCCCUUUUCAUAAUUGGAAACUUGAGGGGUCUUUUGACUCAUUUUUCUCUUUACAUAGAUUAUCAAAAUUCAAUUACAUAGAUUCAUACACAUCAUAUCUUUAUAUACAGUCGAAUAAUCGGACAUAAAUCUCAGUUUUCUUAAUCUUAAUUUUGUUAAGUUUUUGUUGUUUGAGAAAAAUCAGAGAAAAAAACUAUGUUUUUGUAAUCUGAAUUUUUUUUUGAUUUUUUUUUGUUACUAUUGAGAAGAAUUUGAGAAAAAUCAGUCUUUUUUUUUAAAAAAAAAUGAUUUUUGUUAUUUUGUAAUUUUUUUUUGAACUUUUUUUUGUUGUUUUCGGUAAAUUUGGAAUCUGCAUGAGCGAAACGGUGGAAGAUAUAUUGUUUUUGUUGUUGCUAUUGAGAAGAAUUUGAUAUUUUUUGGCACAACAUGUCUGCUAUAGUGUGCGGGAAGAGAAAUAAUUUUUUUGAAGAUUUGCAAUCGCCGUCAUCGUCGCCGUCGCCGGCACCGAAAAGGAUCCGCCGUUCUCCGCCGCGAUCCGCCGCGGUUAAUUGUUUCUAUACUCCGUUGGCGAUCGAUCAUCUCGUAUCGAUUUUCCCUGAUAUGGAUAAACAGCUGCUCGAGAGAGCAUUGGAUGAAUGCGGUGACCUGGAUUCUGCCAUCAAAAGACUAAAUGAGCUUCGUUUGGGGUCUGCUGAGAAUAUGGGCCCCCUCACGGGAAGAUCUGAUGCUACCCAGGAGAACAGCACUCCGAUCGUAACUCAAGGUGAUGGUGGACCCAUACCUGCAGAGGAUUCAUCUGCAGCAAAAGAACUGCACAUGAUGGGGAGUACAGAAUGGGUGGAGUUGUUUGUUAAGGAGAUGAUGAGUGCCUCAAAUAUAGAUGAUGCUAAAGCCCGUACUUCACGAGCUCUUGAGGCCUUGGAAAAGUCCAUUUGUGCCCGUGCAACAGAGGAAAACGUCAUGCUCAAGCAGCAGAUAGAAGCUCUUCUACAGGAGAAUGCUAUUUUGAAGCGAGCAUUUGCUAUUCAACGUGAGCGUCAGAAGGAGUUUGAGGAUAGAGGGAGUGAGGUGAAUCAUCUGAAGCAGAUGGUGGCUCAGUAUCAGGAGCAGCUGAGAACCCUUGAGGUCAACAACUAUGCACUCACGAUGCAUCUCAAGCAGGCACAACAAGGCAACUCCAUUCCCGGGCGCUUUCAUCCAGAUGUCUUUUAAUGUGUAUUAUGUCCUCACUAAUGGAUAGGAUAGCAAUAGUCAUGUCCUACCGUCGCUCUAAGCCGAUUCUGGGGGAAUGAUAUCAAAGCCAGAAGCUGUGUUGCUUAAUUGAAGCCACCUGGUGCUGUUAUCGGCCAAAGGGUAGCUAUAGUAUCAAGUAAGUUAUAGACAUGGUUUUACUUACUUUUGCUGGUACUUCAAAAUUAGAGUUGGAGUUUAUACUUUUCUGGUCUUUUAUUUAUGAUAAGAAACUGUUUGACUUAUAAUUAAAAUGCUGUUCGGCUC